GGGGGGGGGGGGGGCCUGCUCUUGGCCUUUCGUGGCCUGCUCCUGGCCUUUCGUGGCCUGCUCCUGGCCUUUCGUGGCCUGCUCCUGGCCUUUCGUGGCCUGCUCCUGGCCUUUCGUGGCCUGCUCCUGGCCUUUCGUGGCCUGCUCCUGGCCUUUCGUGGCCUGCUCCUGGCCUUUCGUGGCCUGCUCCUGGCCUUUCGUGGCCUGCUCCUGGCCUUUCGUGGCCUGCUCCUGGCCUUUCGUGGCCUGCUCCUGGCCUUCCUCGUGGCCUGCUCCUGGCCUUUCGUGGCCUGCUCCUGGCCUUUCGUGGCCUGCUCCUGGCCUUUCGUGGCCUGCUCCUGGCCUUUCGUGGCCUGCUCCUGGCCUUUCGUGGCCUGCUCCUGGCCUUUCGUGGCCUGCUCCUGGCCUUUCGUGGCCUGCUCCUGGCCUUUCGUGGCCUGCUCCUGGCCUUUCGUGGCCUGCUCCUUGGCCUUUCGUGGCCUGCUCCUGGCCUUUCGUGGCCUGCUCCUGGCCUUUCGUGGCCUGCUCCUGGCCUUUCGUGGCCUGUGGCCUGCUCCUGGCCUUUCGUGGCCUGCUCCUGGCCUUUCGUGGCCUGCUCCUGGCCUUUCGUGGCCUGCUCCUGGCCUUUCGUGGCCUGCUCCUGGCCUUUCGUGGCCUGCUCCUGGCCUUUCGUGGCCUGCUCCUGGCCUUUCGUGGCCUGCUCCUGGCCUUUCGUGGCCUGCUCCUGGCCUUUCGUGGCCUGCUCCUGGCCUUUCGUGGCCUGCUCCUGGUGGCCUGCUCCUGGCCUUUCCUGGCCUGCUCCUGGCCUUUCGUGGCCUGCUCCUGGCCUUUCGUGGCCUGCUCCUGGCCUUUCGUGGCCUGCUCCUGGCCUUUCGUGGCCUUCCCUGCUCCUGGCCUUUCGUGGCCUGCUCCUGGCCGUGGCCUGCUCCUAGCCUUUCGUGGCCUGCUCCUGGCCUUUCGUGGCCUGCUCCUGGCCUUUCGUGGCCUGCUCCUGGCCUUUCGUGGCCUGCUCUUGCCCUUUCGUGGCCUGCUCUUGGCCUUUCGUGGCCUGCUCCUGGCCUUUCGUGGCCUGCUCCUGGCCUUUCGUGGCCUGCUCCUGGCCUUUCGUGGCCUGCUCCUGGCCUUUCGUGGCCUGCUCCUAGCCUUUCGUGGCCUGCUCCUGGCCUUUCGUGGCCUGGAUUUUUUUUUUUUGCGAACCAUGUUUCGUGGCCUGCUCCUGGCCUUUCGUGGCCUGCUCCUGGCCUUUCGUGGCCUGCUCCUGGCCUUUCGUGGCCUGCUCCUGGCCUUUCGUGGCCUGCUCCUGGCCUUUCGUGGCCUGCUCCUGGCCUUUCGUGGCCUGCUCAUGGCCUUUCGUGGCCUGCUCCUGGCCUUUCGUGGCCUGCUCCUGGCCUUUCGUGGCCUGCUCCUGGCCUUUCGUGGCCUGCUCCUGGCCUUUCGUGGCCUGCUCCUGGCCUUUCGUGGCCUGCUCCUGGCCUUUCGUGGCCUGCUCCUGCCUUUCGUGGCCUGCUCCUGGCCUUUCGUGGCCUGCUCCUGGCCUUUCGUGGCCUGCUCCUGGCCUUUCGUGGCCUCCUGUUUUUUUUUGCGAACCAUGUUUCGUGGCCUGCUCCUGGCCUUUCGUGGCCUGCUCCUGGCCUUUCGUGGCCUGCUCCUGGCCUUUCGUGGCCUGCUCCUGGCCUUUCGUGGCCUGCUCCUGGCCUUUCGUGGCCUGCUCCUGGCCUUUCGUGGCCUGCUUCUGUCCUUUCGUGGCCUGCUCCUGGCCUUUCGUGGCCUGCUCCUGGCCUUUCGUGGCCUGCUCCUGGCCUUUCGUGGCCUGCUCCUGGCCUUUCGUGGCCUGCUCCUGGCCUUUCGUGGCCUGGUCCUGGCCUUUCGUGGCCUGCUCCUGGCCUUUCGUGGCCUGCUCCUGGCCUUUCGUGUGGCCUGCUCCUGGCCUUUCGUGGCCUGCUCCUGGCCUUUCGUGGCCUGGGGGGGGGGGGGCCUGCUCUUGGCCUUUCGUGGCCUGCUCCUGGCCUUUCGUGGCCUGCUCCUGGCCUUUCGUGGCCUGCUCCUGGCCUUUCGUGGCCUGCUCCUGGCCUUUCGUGGCCUGCUCCUGGCCUUUCGUGUGCCUGCUCCUGGCCUUUCGUGUGGCCUGCUCCUGGCCUUUCGUGGCCUGCUCCUGGCCUUUCGUGGCUUGCUCCUGGCCUUUCGUGGCCUGCUCCUGGCCUUUCGUGGCCUGCUCCUGGCCUUUCGUGGCCUGCUCCUGGCCUUUCGUGGCCUGCUCCUGGCCUUUCGUGGCCUGCUCCUGCCUUUCGUGGCCUGCUCCUGGCCUUUCGUGGCCUGCUCCUGGCCUUUCGUGCCUUUCGUGGCCUGCUCCUGGCCUUUCGUGGCCUGCUCCUGGCCUUUCGUGGCCUGCUCCUGGCCUUUCGUGGCCUGCUCCUUUCGUGGCCUGCUCUUGGCCUUUCGUGGCCUGCUCCUGGCCUUUCGUGGCCUGCUCCUGGCCUUUCGUGGCCUGCUCCUGGCCUUCGUGGCCUGCUCCUGGCCUUUCGUGGCCUGCUCCUGGCCUUUCGUGGCCUGCUCCUGGCCUUUCGUGGCCUGCUCCUGGCCUUUCGUGGCCUGCUCCUGGCCUUUCGUGGCCUGCUCCUGGCUUUCGUGCUGCCUGGCCUUUCGUGGCCUGCUCCUGGCCUUUCGUGGCCUGCUCCUGGCCUUUCGUGGCCUGCUCCUGGCCUUUCGUGGCCUGCUCCUGGCCUUUCGUGGCCUGCUCCUGGCCUUUCGUGGCCUGCUCCUGGCCUUUCGUGGCCUGCUCCUGGCCUUUCGUGGCCUGCUCCUGGCCUUUCGUGGCCUGCUCCUGGCCUUUCGUGGCCUGCUCCUGCCUUUCGUGGCCUGCUCCUAG